AUGACAAGAAGAUUCUUUGUUGGAGGAAACUACAAGAUGAAUGGAACUAAAGAGUCCAUUCAGAACAUCUUGAGUCACAUGAACACUGCUACAUUGCCAUCACAAGAGGUUGUUGAUGUAAUCGUCUCACCACCAUCAAUCUAUCUUACUCUGGCACAGGGUCUUGUCAACCCACGUAUUAAGGUUGCCGCUCAGAACUGCCACAGCAAUGCCUCGGGCGCCUUCACUGGUGAGAUCUCUGUUGGUAUGUGCAAGGACAUCGGACUCGAGUGGGUCAUCAUUGGUCACUCUGAGCGCCGCAAGGUCUUUGGCGAGAGCGAUGAGUUCAUUGCCAAGAAGGUCAAGGCCGUCAUUGAUGGUGGUCUCUCCGUCAUCUUCUGCAUUGGCGAGCAGCUCUCUGACAGACAGUCGGGCAAGACCAACGAUGUGAUCGCCCAACAACUCAGCGCAGUUCUCACCAGCGUGCCAAACUGGACUCGUGUGGUCAUUGCCUACGAGCCAGUGUGGGCCAUUGGCACCGGUGUCGUUGCCACUCCCCAACAAGCCCAGGACGCUCACAAGUUCAUCCGUUCGUGGUUAAGCUCCAACGUCAGUGCUGCGGUCGCUGGCGACACCCGUGUCAUCUACGGAGGCUCUGUGUCUGCCUCCAACUGUGCCGAGCUCUCCAAGGAGACCGACAUUGAUGGAUUCCUCGUCGGAGGUGCCUCUCUGGUCGCUGCUGACUUUGUCACCAUUGUCUCCACCGCUCAUCCCAAGUCCUCUUUG